UGGAACACGAGGAAGCAGCUUCAUGGCAUUUACAAGUACAUAUGGGUAUCUAGGGGUAAAAUACUAGUUAGAAAAAGUGAAGGUGAAAAGUCAAUAUGCAUUCGUAAUGAAAGUGAAAUCGUGGACUUACUUAACAAAAACUAAGUAUUUUUUAUUAACUACCUUAUAACUGGUGUUUAACUAUUUUUAUUAAAUUCAACGAUUCAUUUCAUUUAGACUUAAUAACUGAUGAUGAAUCUAUUAAUUAUGUAUGUACUGAUAGCAUAGAUAAUUGGAUAAGUCAAUGUAUCUACAAAAAAGAACUCUGUAUUAUUCACGUAAAUAUUCGUUCUAUAAAAAAACAUUUUUCAGAACUUUUAGUAGUGCUUAACAACCAUCUAAGUUAUAUAGAUAUAUUAGUAAUAACCGAACCUAAUAUCAAUUAUUCAUUGUUAACAUUUUAUAGUAUUCCUGGAUUUGAUGUAAAUGCACACACUCGUUGUGGGCGAAGAGGUGGAGGAGUGCUGGUUUACUCUCGCGCGGGGUUGUGCGCGCGGCUUAGCCAGAAACCUAGCCUUGUGAACGGCGAGCGUACGGCCGAGUUUGUUUCCAUUGUUUGCAACUGGCAAAGUGAGCAAUUACAAGUUAUUUCAAUAUAUCGUCCACCAAGAUACAAUAAUCAGAAUAAAAUCCAAGAAUUUUUAACAUUCUUAGAAAAACUUUUACAAUCAUUAUCUACUAGUGACAAAGUAAUUAUAUGCGGGGAUAUAAACAUAAAUUUGUUAAAAGAUACCGAUAAAUAUGUAAAAUGUUAUGAAGAUUUAUUAGCCGAACACGGUUUUACAAAAUGUAUCAAAGACGUGACGAGAAGGGAAAUUUUAAUGGGUAAUGUAGUCGAAUCAUGUUUAGAUCAUAUAUUUAUUAAAUCAUCCUCAGCAUUAAUCGAUUCUGCAGUCAUAAAACAUAAAAUAUCUGACCAUUAUUUGGUCGCGGCAUCUGUACAAUGGAAACAGACCCCCAAUGUAGCUCACUCGGGCGAGGUGUGUGAAUCACGCGCUGCCCCUGCCAUUACCUCGGCCCAGCGCUACCGCCGUGUGCUUGACAAUAGAUUAGUCAGAGAAAAAUUAUUAGAAACCAACUUCGAUCAUCUCUUAAAUAUUGAAUGCCCAUUUAAAUUAUAUGACGAGUUAUCUACUUUAUUUAGAGACAUAUACAACCAAUGUUAUAAAGUAAAAAAUAUGACUGGUAACAGGGAUUCUAGAAAUGAAAAGUAUUGGUUAAACAAUAGCUUAAAAAAUAUGGUUAUUGAAAAAGAUAGAUUAUUCAAAAUAUGGUCUAGUGAUCCAAAGAAUAUGGUAAAAAGACUAACUUAUACUAGGUACAGGAACAAAUGUCAAAAGGCAAUUUUUAAAUGUAACGUAGAACAUGAUAAAAAAACAAUUUCAAAUUGUAAUAAUAAUAUAAAAAAAGUUUGGGAUAAAAUUAAUGAAUUAUUGGGUAAAAAUAAGCAGUCUUUGGAUAAUCUAAUCUUAAAUAACAUAACUAAACAAGGUGGCACGCAGGCAGUCUGUAAUGAUUUUGCUGAUACAUUCUCAAAGGAAAUUGAUCAAAUAAAGCACUCCUGUGAUGAAAAAUGGCUGGAAAGGAAGACUUAUGUUAAAUUAUCGAAUGUGUGUAUGAGAUGGCAACCGGUCGAUGGCAAGGAUAUAAAACUAAUAAUUGAUAAAAUGAACAAAAAUAAAUCACCGGGCAGUGAUCUUAUACGCAUGUCUGACUUAAAAAUAAUUGUUGACAAGAUUAGCCCUGUAUUAUCUAAUCUGAUAAAUCUAUCUGUAAAAUAUCACAAAUUUCCACAAAAAUUAAAGGAAGCAAUCGUUCGUCCGGUCUAUAAGAGAGGCGAUCGUAAAGUUUUUUCGAACUAUAGACCAAUAGCUAUACUAUCAAGUAUUGACAAAAUUAUGGAAAAAUGUGUUGUCAAUCAAAUUGGAACUUUUUUACAAAAAAAUAAUAUCUUAACGGAAUGUCAACAUGGCUUCCAGAAAAAUAAAAGCACCAACACCUUAUUAUCAAAUUUUACAGACGAAAUUAAUGCACAUUUGGAAAAUAAAAAAAUUAUUGUAGCUAUUUUUUAUGAUUUUAAGAAGGCUUUUGAUACCUUAAAUACUGAGACCCUCUUAAAUGGAAUGGAGGAGUGCGGCCUGGGGCAGCCGUUGAACCCGUGGUUCAGGGACUGUCUCACGGCGCGCUCUUACCGUGUGAAAGUCGGCGACGCAUUCAGUGAGGAGAAACAAGUAAACUGCGGCGUCCCCCAGGGUUCUGGGUGUGGGCCAGUGUGCUACCUGAUGUAUGUAAAUAGCCUCUGUGAAGUAUUACGUCACUGCUCGGCCCACAUGUUUGCUGAUGACCUUUGUACUCUCAGCGCUAGUACCGACCUCUCGGAGAUGUGUCGCCGGGUUCAAGAGGAUGUGGAUGCGGUAGUUAAAUGGUCACAUGAUAACGGCAUCAUAUUAAACGCUGACAAAACAAAGAUGAUAAUUAUUCACUCCCCGUAUUUAAGUUCUAUUGAUAAUCCACCUCCUCUUUUUGCGCACGGCUUUGAUUGCUUUCAUAACAACAAAAUUAACUGUACGUGUAAACCUAUCGAAAAAGUUAAUUGUGUAAAUUAUCUAGGAGUAAAAAUAGAUACGUCUUUUUCUUGGGAUUCCCAUAUAGAAUUUUUGUGUAGAAAACUAAGAAUUUUAUUAGAAAAGUUUUACCAUUUACGUACUAAAGUCUCAUUGCCCAUACUAAAAUAUUUAUAUUUUGCACUUGUGGAUUCCAUAAUAGGUUACGCUCUUGACUGCUAUGGGUUAACAUUUAAAACAUACAUUGAUAAAGUAGAAUCAUUACAAAUAAGAUUUUUAAAAUUACUAGUAAAUAAAAAGACAAGGAAUCAAUGUAAAGGAGAUUAUUAUAAACUAUUCAAAAUAUGUAAAAUUUUACCGGCUAGCCUGAAACAUAGAUUCCUUGUACUUGUAAAUAACCAUGGUAAGCAGGAUCGUUUUACUAGUUUGGUGCAUCAUAUAACUGACACAAGGUCAAUGUCCAAAGGUAAAUUUGAAAUACCCAUGGUGCAAAAUUAUUAUGGAGAUAGAACGUUGAAGAAGCGGAUUCCAUACUUGCUCAAUAGUUUACCCGAGGACAUAAGACGUGAGACUUCAUUGGAUAAAUUUAGAGGUUUAUUAAAAAACCAUUUGUUAAAUAUGCUGUAACCUAUAAGUAAAUUAAGUGUAUUAGUAUUAGUUGUAGUAGCAGUGUUAGUAAUUUAGUGAUUUAGAAGUUAUGUUUAUUUAAGGCGAGUCACCUGCAGUCAAACUGCGUAAGCAGUUUUGUGGGGCAUGGUUUGAUUUAAGGUGUAACUUUUUUGUGAAUAAAUAUAUUUAAA